AUGACAAAAAAGAAAGCCAUUAGAGUGGGCCAUCGAGGAGCCGCUAGGAGAUUAUUUUCAAAGAUUGAAGAGGAAUUAGAGAAAGAAACAACACAACGCGAGGAAAUAGAAAGCCUAUGUGAAACCUUGAAGAAGAAGAGGGAUAUUCUUUCGGAACUUGAUAAUGAAAUAUUAGAGGAGAUUGCAGAAGAAAACAUGAAAGCAGCGAUAGAAGACUUAGAUCGGUAUGUUUUAGAUAUAGAACGAAUUUUGACAAAAGAACGCAAUUCAUCAAGUUCAAAACAGAAAAAUAAAUCAAAUGAAACUAGCUCUAAUCAGAACUUAAAUCCAAAUGCAGCAGAUUUUGUAUUUAUCAACUCCACAUCUACAUGUAAUACUCCACAUCCCAUGCAGAAUAAUGAUAUGCAAUACAGAUCGUCAAUGAGCGCAACAAAUUCUAGCAUCUACCACAAGCUACCAAAAUUGAAUCUACCAUAUUUUAAUGGCAAUUUGUUAAACUGGCAACCUUUCUGGGAUGCGUAUCAAUCAACAAUACACGAUAACCAAAAAUUAACAGACGUGCAGAAAUUUACUAUCAAGCAGUAUCAAUACUGA